GUUUAAACUUAAACUGAGUGACACAAGGUUUUUUGUUGGCCAUGACUGCUAAUAAAACUUUGAAACUUUCCGUUGGUAAGAAAACAAAGAGCUGUUGUUCCCGCAAAUCGAUAAAAGUACUUGAAGGGCUUUGGAAGAAGUAUAUAUUCAUAUUUUUGGUUGCCCUUCUCUGCUUUAUAAAUACUUCCUUCCACGAAUUUACUUUCGACGAUGUGGCUGCCGUUGUCAAUAACCAAGAUCUUAAGUCCUUUUCUUUAAAAAAAAUUUUUAGUGACGAUUUUUGGGGUCGCCCUUUAUACUACUUCAACUCUAAUAAGUCUUAUAGGCCUUUAGUCAUUCUUACUUACUGGGUGAAUGUUUUAAUAUUUGGAGUUUGGGCUCCUGGUUUUCAUAUGGGUAACGUUCUUCUUCACCCGAUUUCGUCGGUCCUUGUUGCUCACUUGUGUUGGAAACUUUUUAAUAAUAAAGAAAUAGCAUUAAUCUCUGGACUUAUUUUUGCCUCACAUCCAAUUCAUUGUGAUGCCGUAGCGAGCGUGGUUGGUCGAGCAGAGAUUCUCGGUUGCAUCUUUUUCUGCUUGGCUUUACUUUCCUUUAUAAAAGCUGUCGGUCGUUUUGAAUUGUAUUGUAAAGCGAAAACGCAGUGGUCACUGUUUGUUAUUUCUGUGGCGUUAAGCAUCGGUGGUCUAUUAUCAAAGGAACCCGCCUACACAUCUUGUGUUCUUUUUGGCCUUUAUGAGUUAGCGUGCCUUUUUGCUACUUCGGAGGCCGCUUUAAAAAAGAAGAUAGGAAGUUAUAAAGGCUCUCUUUCUGUUGUCCUUCAUAUUCCGAAAUUGACGGUUUUCAAAUCAUUUUUGACUCGCCAGUCGCUUAAUUUUGCAAUAUUUUGUUCUGUUAUGUAUGCACGCUAUCUGUUGGCAGGAAGAAGUUUGGACCAGAAUACGCACUUUUACAACAAUUAUAUAUCAAAGAAUGAGAGCAGACUAACGAGAGCCUUGUCCAUCCCUUAUUUCCAUACAAUUCACUUUUUCUCGUUGGUAUACCCGAAAACUCUUGUUUGCAGCGGAAGUUAUAACUCCUUUCCGCUGGUGGCGCGAUGGAGUGAUAUUCGAAACUUACGAGCUAUAGCUUUAUAUGCUACCUUUUUUAUACUUAUUCCUCUCUACGCUCGCUAUCAACCAGCCAAACAUUUUGUUGGGAUUAUUUUUUCUCUUUUUAUCAUGCUAGUUCCUUUUUCGUUAUGUUCUAAUCUUUUUUUUUGGAACGGCUAUGAAAUUGCUGAGCGGAUAAUGUACCUCCCCUCGAUUGGCUUUUCUUAUAUCUCUGCGCACAUGCUUGUUUCCUUUUACGGAAUUCUCCCCCGAAAUAAGGGAAAUGCACACUCAAUUGCUCCGAAUGCUUCCAACUUUUUCUACAAAUUCGUGGUUGCGACAAUCUUUUUGCUUUUUGCCGCGCGGACGGUUGUUCGGAACAAUGAUUGGAAGAGCGAAAUCGAUCUUUGGAACUCGACUGUUCAGACGCUCCCCACUAACGCUUUGGCCAACUUUAAUUUUGGUAACGAGUUAUUUAAAAAGGCACAGAGCCUUGAUGACUAUGAAGGGAUGCAGGAGGCUCUUAAGUACUUUAAACGCUCCGUUGAGAUCUUUCCUCUCUCUAGCGUUUAUUAUAACUGGGGUGUGGCGCUUAUGCAUCUCAACCGCUCCGAGGAAGCACGUGUGCUUUUUAAGGAAGGGCUGAACCACUGCCUAGUAAUAAGAAACAAAAGAGAAUCAGGAAAAAGCGAUUUGUAUCGUGGACUUGCUGUGUAUAGUCUCAACAAAGGCGACUUUGAAAAGGAACUAUUCUUGUUUCUUUCUUGGUUCUUUUUUGUCUAAAAGCCGGUUUUCACUUUUCUAGUCUAAGCAUUACUUCCGCCAAUCGUGCCGCUGGAAAAUUGCAGAAGAUUUCUUUGGUGAAGAGUUUUUUAUGUCGUCGCCGGUGCACGAGAAGUAUUCCGCCCUUGUCAAGCAAAACGCCAAUACAGUGCUUGCACUUAAAAGGGGGCCGUCUCUUUCUCAACUUUCUGAAGAGUUCUCGACGUUAACCAUUGAAAAAGUGAGGAAUCGUUGCAUAGAGCACUUGCAAGAGUAUCCUGGGCAUCCCUGGCUGCUUAGACAUUUGGCACUGGCUUUGUACCAACUGCGUCUGCAUGAAGACGUUAUUUAUAUCGCCGGGAGCUUGGAAGCGUACACUCCAUUGGAUCCGCUAAUAUAUGAGCUCUUGUCUGUAUCGCUUAAUUCCCUCGGCAGGCAAUACGAGUACUUGGGCGCGAUGACCAUGCUCAGUCAUAUUAGGGAACUCGAAUCACAAGAAAGAAUACUUGACGAUGCAGCUGCUAAAUCAACCCCGAGUUAAAUUAAAGUU